AUUGACAAACAACAAAAUGGAACUAACUUCAUGUCAUUAAUACAAAGUAAUAUUUUCAGCUUAUUUACUAAUUUGUUAUGCCGAAAAAAGAAAAGGAGGCGAUGAAGACUAAAAUUGACAAAAACAAGUGCGGUGACAACGAAUCAGAGAGUCGCCCAGAGAAACCUAUAUCCUCACUGGCGACUGGGCCUCCUCCUCCGGCGGCGAUUCUACCACGAUCAUCAGAAGGCCCCACGCCACCGGGGUGGAACGGUCAGCCCCGAAGACAUGGCUCCAGCAGGUUCAAUGUGCACAAUCACAACCAGGAGCUGGUCAAAUUACCGUCUAUCAAAGAUGCGCCAGCCGCGGAAAGAGAACAGCUUUUCGUGCAAAAGUUGCGUCAGUGCUGCCUUUUGUUCGACUUUGCCGAUGAGCCCCUCUCAGACCUCAAGUGGAAGGAAGUGAAACGUGCUGCACUGUUAGAGAUGGUGGAGUACGUGACGUCACAGCGUGACGUCAUCACAGAACCCAUAUACCCAGAGGCUGUGAGCAUGUUCGCGAUAAACCUAUUCCGGACAUUACCACCGUCCUCGAAUCCGAAUGGUGCGGAGUUCGACCCUGAAGAAGAUGAGCCCACCCUGGAAGCGGCGUGGCCUCACCUGCAGCUGGUCUACGAGCUGUUCCUCCGGCUACUAGAGUCUCCAGACUUCCAACCAAAUAUUGCUAAGAAGUAUAUUGACCAAAAAUUUGUAUUACAGUUAUUAGAGUUAUUCGACUCCGAGGACCCGCGGGAGCGAGACUUCUUGAAAACAACAUUACACAGGAUAUACGGGAAGUUCUUAGUACUGCGCGCCUACAUACGGAAACAAAUCAAUAAUGUGUUUUAUAGGUUUAUAUAUGAAACGGAACAUCACAACGGUAUCGCGGAACUACUGGAAAUCCUUGGCUCCAUCAUCAACGGCUUCGCUCUCCCGCUGAAGGAGGAACACAAAAUGUUCCUGCUUAGGGUGCUGUUGCCGUUACACAAGGCGAAAUCGCUGUCAGUCUAUCACCCGCAGCUAGCGUACUGCGUAGUUCAGUUCCUGGAGAAGGACCCCUCGCUCACACAACCUGUAGUUAGGGCAUUAUUAAAAUACUGGCCGAAAACACAUUCCCCCAAAGAGGUGAUGUUUCUAAAUGAAAUGGAAGAGAUACUGGAUGUGAUCGAGCCGGCCGAGUUCCAAAAGAUCAUGGACCCGCUGUUCAGGCAGCUGGCCAAGUGUGUUUCCAGUCCACAUUUCCAGGUAGCGGAGCGUGCGCUAUACUACUGGAACAACGAAUACAUCAUGUCCCUAAUAUCGGACAACGCGACCCAUAUACUGCCCAUAAUGUUCCCAUCAUUGUACCGCAACACCAAGAGUCACUGGAAUAAGACCAUACACGGCCUCGUCUACAACGCGCUGAAACUGUUUAUGGAGAUGAACCAGAAAUUAUUCGACGAGUGCACACAACAGUACAAGCAGGAGAAACAGAAAGAACGAGAACGGAUGGUUCACCGUGAAGAGGUGUGGCUGCAGAUCGAGGAGCGCGCGGCCACUAACCCGGCGUACAACAGGCCGGCGCCGCCGCCCGCGCCCGCGCCCGCCUCCGCUGAUGCUGCGCCCGACCUCACAUACCAGCGGCUCGAGCAGGAGGCGCAGGAGGCGCGAAAACAAGGUUACAACGCAAACAAACCGCUGCUCCGCAAGAAAUCAGAACUGCCAGCUGACUCGACCACAGUAAAGGCACUAAUCGAACACAAACGCGCCGACCAGUUCCUGCCCACGCCGCCCGACGUCAACCAGUGCUAGCGUGGUAUGUCCCACACGAGGGAACACUUCAUAGUAUUUUCUAGAACUGUACAAUCAUGAAAUACGACGGGUGACCCUCGGGAUCUGAUGCCGGAUAUGUAGCAAUUUGAUAUUUUCUAUUUCCCGCUGCAAUCACUCUAAACUAGGAGCGAGCAGCAGGGUCUCUGGACUGACAGUGUUGCGUGUGAGCGAGAGGACGCUAUUAUAACACGUGCGAUGACAUAUUGUGGUCUAUAUAUAAAAUUAAAUAGUUAGUACACAUUAUAUUAUAAAAUUGGUAGUGUUUUGUUGUUUUGUAUACACAGCAGAUCAACAGAUCGACUGCGCGGGACGCAUACUAAAAUUGAUCGCUUUCUUGAUAAAACUACAGUACAUUUGUCUCAUUCGUAACAAAGGAGUGUGAAAGUGAUGUAAUAUUCAGAGGCAAUGCUAAAGACUGUCUUUUGUAUUUGUCAGUGUAUUUAAUUUAAUUGUCUAGAAUAUUCCAUCUCUUUGUACGCUUUGGUACAAACCAGACGUAUUGUUCGUGGUUUAAUCAAUGGAGCGGUCAUAACAAAUGUCAAAUUUAAAGUGUAUUCGACUUUGUUUGUAAGCUAUUAAGAUUUAGGAUAAGAAAAUACUGAUCGAUGAUUCGAUAGCCUCUGUUUAACAGUCGAUCUCUCAGUUGUAUGUUAUACUGGGUUGACAAUUUACUUGCAGAUAUUCAGAAUUAUAUAUACAUAUUUUUAUUAUAUUACCGCGAUGUGUAUAUUUCAUUAUACCACCGAAAUUUAUUGCAAUAGGCUUUAAAAUUAUUGAUUUAACGGUUUAGCAAUCAUAGUAUGGUCGCGUGUUCGAUCUCGCACGAUACAAACAUUUGAGUGUUUUCUAUGUAUACUAUGUAUGUAUUUACAAAAAAAUUAUUUAAAUAUAUCUAUUAAUUGUUUAGUAUCCAUAGUAGAAGCUCUUAGUUCGGUACUGAAUGUACUGGAUUAUUAUUUUAUUUAAAGUGUAUCCGAUUGACGUUGUUUAAAAAGAAAAUAAGUUUAGAUUCUUGCCAGCUUAUUUUAACCAAAAGUAUUGCCUGAAAAUAAAAAAAAUACAUUCACACUUCUACCCACAUUACUACAUUGUAUAUAAUUACUAAAAAUGUCCUAUAAUAAUAAAGAUAACCCUAGACAAACACAGCAAAUGUUUGCAUCGUGCAAGGAAUCGAACCGCCUUCAAGACCACCGAGUUUCUAGAGUCAAAUAUUACAAACAGACACUCCAAUUUUAUUUAUAUGUAUAGAUUGCCUACCCAGUUGUGUAUAGAAAUGAGAAUAGAGCAUGUGUAGGACUGAAAUGUAAUAUUUCUAUAAUGCUGAUCGUAUCUGUCAGCCUACAUACAGGUCGAGUUGCUUUUUGAAUUGUAAUCUACUUAAUAUAUUUUUUUGUAAGUCACAUUGUCGUGCUUAAGAAAAGUUUUAUAUUUUUUAGGUAAAGAUAAAAAAAUAAUAGUUUCUAGUUUCGCUAGAACUACAAAAAGGUAGUUUUUUUGUAUUGUUCGUUAUACAGGGUGAUUUAAAAAUACGGAAAAAAUGAAAAUUCGGAAAAUAAACUAAAAUUAAUUUUUCUAUACAUAUCUGUACUGUUCAAGCUCAUGCUUAAUAGGAAUACUAGUAUUUCUAAAUGUUUGAGUGUUUUCUAUAUAUGUGUUUAUAAAAAUAUAUACUUAUAAUCAUUGGGCAUUUAUUAGUAAUUAUACAGGGUCUGUUUGACUUAGGCGCCUGUAGAUGACGGUGCGUUAUUACUUCAUAAUAACGUUUUUUUUCUUAAGCACGGCAGUUUUAAUAGAGAAACAUCAUUCCACUGCAACCACCUGAGAAAUUUUUUAUCAAGUGUAUAUCAUUUUAUUAAUUAUUUAUAUAGUUAUUAAUUAUGUUUUAUACAAGAGCCAUAUGUUGGAUUUUAGGUCUAUAAUUUAUUGUUUAUAAAUACCAAAUAUGAAAUCUAUGUGGGUAUGUACACGUUUGAUGUAAGACUACGAUUUCUUUGUCAUAAUAUUGUUUGACCACUUUUUGUUAUCGUUCUAUAUGAAUAAGGAAAUAAUGUAAUAGUAUUUUCUCAUUCACAAAAUACAGAAUGGUAGCGAAAAGUGAUCUCAAUAAAUUAUUUUUAAAUUGUUUAAGUUGCUGAAAACAUAAAUACACCAAGAUCUUCAUAAAUAGACAAAUUGAAAUAGCUAAGAAAUAACAGUAGAUCGCACUCUUAAUAACAGUAGAUUUUCCAUUAUUUUUAUUUUAUACAAUUUAUAAUUAAUCCGUCAUAUGAUAAUGUAAUAACCACCUGAGCCGUGUUUUUAGAUAUGUUUAUUUAUUUGUUGUAAAUUAACAGAGUAGGAGUGGAACUGAUAGUUUUAAAUUUAAUUAAACAUCAUUUUCCUAAUUUGACAUUGCAUUUUUAUUCAUAAGAAGGAGUUCAAACUGUUUGAUUAAAAGAAAUUGACUAAUUUAUUAAUUACAUUUUGUCAUAUAGUUUCUAUUUAAUUUUGGAUAGAUAAAUUCAUUAAUGGCAUGGAAUACGUAAUCUUCCUCUUUUUUAUGACAUUAUUUGAAAGAAAGAGAUGUUUUAAUUAUUGAUAACUCUACAAUUUGAUUUUACCAAUGUAGUGCCCGUAAAUGACUUGAACAAGAUUUGUAUUCCAUGUGACCUGCGCAGUGACAACAAAACAUCAAAGACAAUAGCUAGCAAAUCCUGGCAACUAAAACAAGUUUGUCACAUUUUGAUUAAUGGAGCUACUAUUGAGUUAGAAGAGAUAGUAUAUACAAAUGUCAUAUUUAAAAUUCGAAGGUGUCACUGCUCUACAUCACACAGCACCUAAAAGGCUUAAUUAAGACUUUAAUUUCUAAAACUUGUUCGUUCGGUCAUACUAGAGUCUAUUGUUUUUAUUUAUAUUAUCUUGACUGUAUUCUUAUUUACAAAUAUAAUAAUUGUGACAAAUGAAAUCACUAUGUCAAAAGGUAGAUAUCUAAGUUAUUUUAGGGGAGAACUGAGUGGUUCGAGGUUGACUCAUGCCCUGCAAAACAGAGCUUAUAAAUCUUUAUGCAGUUUACACACGACCCUGAAAACUGAGGCAAUUUUGGAACAGUGGUAAAUAAAUACGGUCGGCGGGCCGCCAAUUUCACAACACUACUGCCACGCUUUCUUGACAAAAAUUGGCCCUAAUGGUUUGUCUACACACGAGGCGAUCCAGGGCUCAACCCACCAUUGCUCCAAUAUUACUCCUCCUCCAUUACCUCCACUGGUGCUCCGCCCCUGUAAACCAUUAGCGCAGGCGGGUGCACCAUUCCUUUAUCAUUGAAAAAUCUAUUGAUUUUAGGAUCGUGGGUAGAUCGUUUUAUAGAAAAGGAUAGCAAUAAUGUUUUUGUACAUUCGCACCGAGUCAGCUCUCGACUGUGAAGAUCUAUAGGUUUAACGUUAUUUAAAAUAUUUCUAUUAUCCUUUCUGCCUAAGAUAUAUUAUAUAAUGAAAUAAUUAGUUACGGGCACUGUACACGUUGCUUUUUUAAUUAGAAGUUUCGUUUAACAGCAAACUUGUUAACUCUUCAAUUAUUGUUAUUAACAUUUUGAGGAUUAAAAAAUGAAAUCUGUUUAUAACCCAAUUACUGUUAAUGUGUUAAGUAGUAAUCGUUUCUUGUCCUUCAUUUAAAUAUAAUUUACUAAUUAUUAUGACAACACACCAAGGCAAAAUUUUAAUACCCGUGUCACCUGAAGUGUGUUAUUGGACGAAACUUCUAAUAGAUAUUUAUUUUUAAUUUUGUUUAUGGUGUGCCAAAUGGAUUUUGUUGAUGCGUGAUUGAAAUAUGCCAGAAUAUGUAUCUUCGUCCGUCAACAUAGCAAUGUGGAAUGGCAACGC